CUUCUUUGUAUUUACUUGAUAAGAGUUCCUAGAAAUUAGUUGCAUAUAGUUAAGACUCCAUAAUCUUACUCUAUUUGGGGCUUUUUGACUCCUUGCACAUUAAAUAACUUGUAUGCCAAGUUACUUAAUUGUCCGAGCAAUCCUAUGAUAGCUCGUUGUCAAACACGUGAGAUUUUACAUAGUGACUAAAUUACUUUGUGUGGGGUGCAAGUAAAUUUGGCUAUAUAUUAAUAGGACAGCUUAACAUCUCCUUGCUAGUUCAGAUUACUUUCCCAGUCAAAUUGUCUCUGGCUCAAUCAUCUGCAGUACCUGAAUACCUCAACAUCCGGAAACGCCAACACUAUGGCACAACUGGAAGCGAAUUCUACCCAAAUAGCGCCGGAACUUGAAAGCGAAGGAGGCGAAGAUCACUUGCAUGGAAAUCGAAAUCAGGGCUCAAGAGAGCCAAACUUAAACGCCAGAAUUAAACAUGCUCAGAAGCUGGCUGCAAAGACUAGUCGAGAUAAAUUUGAGCUGGAUAAAGCUUUAAUGAAAAAGACGUGUGAUAGGAAUCGGUUGAAAGAACCGAAUAAGCAUGAACGGAGACUCAAAUUCUGUUUGGCCACAACGAGGGAGAAAAUGAAUAUACUGCAACUAUUUUUGCUUCAUUUCGCAAACAGAGCUCAUCAAGGAAAUCCAAUGAAGCCUUUCUUGCCACGAGAAGAGAUAGCUAAACAUAAAAUGAAUUUCCGGAUGGUACAUGAAACAAACAGUUUGGCGGAGGAAAAAAAGCUUUUGAAAGAGAUCAAUGCGAGGCAGAAGGAGGUGGUUGAUUCAGUUUCACCAUUGGGAAAACAUCGUUAUUUUCCGCCUUACAUAGAUACUUGGCACUUGCGCCUCGACGAGUAUUUUAUGGUGAUAAACCCGAGGAAUGUAGUUGAAGGCCUCCUAAGACAAAUCCAAGAACUCAAAUGGCGAAGCGCAAGACCGGGAAUUAUAUUUCAAAGGCAAUGGGAUGGUGAAGCCAUUGCUGAUCAUGCAAGUUAUGAUGCUAAUGCUGCUGCCUAUUCUAUUGCCAAUGCCAAGGGAAAGAUUUGGGAUUCGUUGAGUUCAAAAAAAGCGUUACAAGAACAAAUCAGAGUAACUGGCAAGGAGAUGGAUGAAUUAAUGAAAUCACUGGUGGCCCUGCGGCGCGGGCAGAAUAUAAAGAGAGCUGGGAGAAAAUUGAAGGUCAUUGAAAGAGAUAUAGAAUGCUUGAAGAAGAAACUGACAUUGAUGGAUCAGAAGAAAGAUGAAGCAUACGAGUGCGUUUUUAAAUUGAGAAAACAAGAGAGUUAAAGACGACAUCAGUUCUGCCAUUCACCAAAUAAAAAUACAUAAUGCCAUUGCAACAAAUUUCAUCGUCUCUUUGCGCAAGAACUCAAGUAGUUAGUAACAUCAUUGCAUUCAGCUCUUGUUUCGGUUUCCUUUCAAUGUGAUCUGUUUUGCAGAAGCAUAUCCGCUCUAGCCAAUCGUGACAACGUUCGUAUAUGUGGGCCCACUUAAAUCAUUUCAACCAAAGUAAAGCUGUAAACUGGAAUGUGUUACUUUCACUAUAAUUAUUCUCAGAGACUAAGUCCA